AUGGGCGGAGACGGAGGGGAGACGGGGGCGGGGGGGAGGCAGCGGAGGGAGAUGAGGAGAUAGGCGGGAGCGAGGGAGCUAGGGAGGGAGCGACGGAGGUAGAGAAGAGUGGAGAAGCAAGGGGCGGGAGCGCAGCUUGGUUGCUCCGUAGUACGGCGGCUCGCGAGGCAGAAUCCCGAGCGGGCACGGGGACGGACGGAGAGGCGGGCGGGGAUGGUGUGCGGGGCUGCGGCUCCUGCGUCCCUCCCCGCGGCGUGUGAGCUGCAUUGAUUUGUCCCUGGGGCGGCAGCGCGGACCCGCCCGGAGAUGAGGCAUCAAUUAGCAAGGUAAAAGUAACAGAACCAUGGCUCAGUUUCCAACACCUUUUGGUGGCAGCCUGGAUAUCUGGGCCAUAACUGUAGAGGAAAGAGCGAAGCAUGAUCAGCAGUUCCAUAGUUUAAAGCCAAUAUCUGGAUUUAUUACUGGUGAUCAAGCUAGAAACUUUUUUUUUCAAUCCGGGUUACCUCAACCUGUUUUAGCACAGAUAUGGGCACUAGCUGACAUGAAUAAUGAUGGAAGAAUGGAUCAAGUGGAGUUUUCCAUAGCUAUGAAACUUAUCAAACUGAAGCUGCAAGGAUAUCAGCUCCCCUCCGCACUUCCCCCUGUCAUGAAACAGCAACCAGUUGCUAUUUCUAGUGCACCAGCAUUUGGUAUAGGAGGUAUCGCCAGCAUGCCACCUCUUACAGCUGUUGCUCCAGUGCCAAUGGGAUCCAUUCCAGUGGUUGGAAUGUCUCCACCCCUAGUAUCUUCUGUUCCCACAGCAGCAGUGCCUCCCCUGGCUAAUGGGGCUCCCCCUGUAAUGCAACCUCUGCCCGCAUUUGCUCAUCCUGCAGCCACAUUGCCAAAGAGUUCUUCCUUUAGUAGAUCUGGUCCCGGGUCACAAUUAAACACUAAAUUACAGAAGGCACAAUCAUUUGAUGUGACCAGUGCUCCUCCAGUGGCAGAAUGGGCUGUUCCUCAGUCAUCAAGACUGAAAUACAGGCAAUUAUUCAAUAGUCAUGACAAAACUAUGAGUGGACACUUAACAGGUCCCCAAGCAAGAACUAUUCUUAUGCAAUCAAGUUUACCACAGGCUCAGUUGGCUUCAAUAUGGAAUCUUUCUGAUAUUGAUCAAGAUGGAAAACUCACAGCAGAAGAAUUUAUCCUGGCUAUGCACCUAAUUGAUGUAGCUAUGUCUGGCCAACCACUGCCACCUGUCCUGCCUCCAGAAUACAUUCCACCUUCCUUUAGAAGAGUUCGAUCUGGCAGUGGUAUAUCUGUCAUAAGCUCAACAUCUGUAGAUCAGAGGUUACCAGAGGAACCAGUUUUGGAAGAUGAACAGCAACAAUUAGAAAAGAAAUUACCUGUAACGUUUGAAGAUAAGAAGCGGGAGAACUUUGAACGUGGCAAUCUGGAACUGGAGAAACGAAGACAAGCUCUCUUGGAGCAGCAGCGCAAAGAGCAAGAGCGCUUGGCGCAGCUGGAGCGGGCGGAGCAGGAGAGGAAAGAGCGUGAGCGGCAGGAGCAGGAGCGCAAGAGGCAGCUGGAGCUGGAGAAGCAGCUGGAAAAGCAGCGGGAGCUGGAGCGGCAGAGAGAAGAGGAGAGGAGGAAGGAGAUCGAGAGGCGAGAGGCUGCAAAACGGGAACUUGAAAGGCAACGACAACUUGAGUGGGAACGGAAUCGAAGGCAAGAACUGCUAAAUCAAAGAAACAAAGAACAAGAAGACAUAGUUGUACUGAAAGCAAAGAAAAAGACUUUGGAAUUUGAAUUAGAAGCUCUAAAUGAUAAAAAGCAUCAACUGGAAGGAAAACUUCAAGAUAUCAGAUGUCGAUUGACCACACAAAGGCAGGAAAUUGAGAGUACAAACAAAUCCAGAGAGUUGAGAAUUGCUGAAAUCACCCAUCUACAGCAACAAUUACAGGAGUCUCAGCAAAUGCUUGGAAGACUUAUUCCAGAAAAACAGAUACUCAAUGACCAAUUAAAACAAGUUCAGCAAAACAGUUUGCACAGAGAUUCACUUCUUACACUUAAAAGAGCCUUAGAAGCAAAAGAACUAGCUCGGCAGCAGCUACGAGACCAACUGGAUGAAGUGGAGAAAGAAACAAGAUCAAAACUACAGGAGAUUGAUAUUUUCAAUAAUCAGCUGAAGGAACUAAGAGAAAUCCAUAAUAAGCAGCAACUCCAGAAGCAAAAGUCCAUAGAGGCUGAACGACUGAAACAGAAAGAGCAAGAGCGAAAGAUCAUAGAAUUAGAAAAACAAAAAGAAGAAGCCCAAAGACGCGCUCAGGAGAGGGACAGGCAGUGGCUGGAGCACGUGCAGCAGGACGAGGAACAUCAGAGGCCGAGAAAACUCCACGAUGAGGAAAGACAGAAAAGGGAAGAGAGCGUCAAAAAGAAGGACGGUGAGGAAAAAGGCAAACAGGAAGUGCAAGACAAGCUGGGUCGGCUUUUCCAUCAACACCAGGAACCAGCUAAGCCAGCUGUCCAAGCACCCUGGUCCACCGCAGAAAAGGGUCCACUAACCAUUUCCGCACAGGACAAUGUGAAAGUGGUGUAUUACCGAGCGCUCUACCCCUUUGAGUCCAGAAGUCAUGACGAAAUCACUAUCCAGCCGGGAGACAUAGUCAUGGUAAGAAAGACUCCAGAAAACGAGGUUCCUGCUCCAGUCAAACCAGUGACUGAUCUGACAUCUGCCCCUGCCCCCAAACUGGCUUUGCGUGAGACCCCUGCUCCUUUGGCCGUGACUUCGUCAGAGCCCUCCACGACCACCAACAACUGGGCUGACUUCAGCUCCACGUGGCCCACCAGCACGAAUGAGAAACCAGAAACGGAUAACUGGGAUGCGUGGGCAGCCCAGCCCUCUCUCACCGUUCCGGGUGCCGGCCAGUUAAGGCAGAGGUCAGCCUUCACCCCAGCCACGGCCACCGGCUCCUCCCCAUCUCCUGUGCUAGGCCAGGGUGAAAAGGUGGAGGGGCUACAAGCGCAAGCCCUGUAUCCUUGGCGAGCCAAAAAAGACAACCAUUUAAAUUUUAACAAGAAUGAUGUCAUCACCGUCCUGGAACAGCAAGACAUGUGGUGGUUUGGAGAAGUUCAAGGUCAGAAGGGUUGGUUCCCCAAGUCUUACGUGAAACUCAUUUCAGGGCCCAUAAGGAAAUCUACAAGCAUGGAUUCUGGUUCUUCAGAAAGUCCUGCUAGCCUAAAGAGAGUAGCUUCGCCCAAGCCAGUCGUUUCGGGAGAAGAAUUUAUUGCCAUGUACACUUACGAGAGUUCUGAGCAAGGAGAUUUAACCUUUCAGCAAGGGGAUGUGAUUUUGGUUACCAAGAAAGAUGGUGACUGGUGGACAGGAACAGUGGGCGACAAAUCCGGAGUCUUCCCUUCUAACUAUGUGAGGCUUAAAGAUUCAGAGGGCUCUGGAACUGCUGGGAAAACAGGGAGUUUAGGAAAAAAACCUGAAAUAGCCCAGGUCAUCGCGUCAUACACUGCCACCGGUCCCGAGCAGCUUACUCUCGCCCCUGGUCAGCUGAUUUUGAUCCGAAAAAAGAACCCAGGUGGAUGGUGGGAAGGAGAGUUGCAAGCACGUGGGAAAAAGCGCCAGAUAGGCUGGUUCCCAGCUAAUUAUGUAAAACUUCUAAGCCCCGGGACGAGCAAAAUCACUCCAACAGAGCCACCAAAGGCAGCGGCUUUACCGGCAGUGUGCCAGGUGAUCGGGAUGUACGAUUACACCGCGCAAAAUGACGACGAGCUGGCCUUCAACAAGGGCCAGAUCAUCAACGUCCUCAACAAGGAAGACCCUGACUGGUGGAAAGGAGAAGUCAACGGCCAAGUGGGGCUCUUCCCGUCCAAUUACGUGAAGCUGACCACAGACAUGGACCCAAGCCAGCAAUGGUGUUCAGACUUGCAUCUCUUGGAUAUGUUGACCCCGACUGAAAGAAAGCGACAAGGAUACAUCCACGAACUCAUUGUCACGGAGGAGAACUACGUGAACGACCUGCAGCUGGUCACAGAGAUCUUUCAGAAACCCUUGAUGGAGUCUGAGCUGCUGACAGAGAAAGAGGUUGCUAUGAUUUUUGUCAACUGGAAGGAGCUGAUUAUGUGUAAUAUCAAACUUCUGAAAGCCCUGAGGGUCCGCAAGAAGAUGUCUGGGGAGAAGAUGCCCGUGAAGAUGAUCGGGGACAUCCUGAGCGCCCAGCUGCCGCACAUGCAGCCCUACAUCCGCUUCUGCAGCUGCCAGCUCAAUGGGGCCGCCCUGAUCCAGCAGAAGACGGACGAGGCCCCUGACUUCAAGGAGUUUGUCAAAAGACUGGCAAUGGACCCUCGGUGUAAAGGGAUGCCGCUCUCUAGUUUUAUACUGAAGCCUAUGCAGCGGGUAACCAGAUACCCACUGAUCAUUAAAAAUAUCCUGGAAAACACUCCAGAAAACCACCCCGACCACAGCCACCUGAAGCACGCCCUGGAGAAGGCGGAGGAGCUGUGCUCCCAGGUGAACGAAGGAGUGCGUGAGAAGGAGAACUCGGACCGGCUGGAGUGGAUCCAAGCCCACGUGCAGUGUGAAGGCCUGUCCGAGCAACUCGUGUUCAAUUCAGUGACCAAUUGCUUGGGGCCACGGAAGUUCCUGCACAGUGGGAAACUCUACAAGGCCAAGAGCAACAAGGAGCUGUAUGGUUUCCUUUUCAACGACUUCCUCCUGCUGACUCAAAUCACGAAGCCCUUGGGGUCUUCCGGCACCGACAAGGUCUUCAGCCCCAAAUCCAACCUGCAGUAUAAAAUGUACAAAACACCUAUCUUCCUAAAUGAGGUUCUGGUAAAAUUACCCACCGACCCUUCUGGAGAUGAACCCAUCUUCCACAUUUCCCACAUCGACCGAGUCUACACCCUCCGAGCAGAAAGCAUAAACGAAAGGACUGCCUGGGUGCAGAAAAUCAAAGCUGCUUCUGAACUCUACAUAGAGACUGAGAAAAAGAAGCGGGAGAAGGCGUACCUUGUUCGUUCCCAAAGAGCAACAGGCAUUGGAAGGUUGAUGGUGAACGUGGUUGAAGGCAUUGAGUUGAAACCCUGUCGGUCACAUGGCAAGAGCAACCCAUACUGCGAGGUGACCAUGGGCUCCCAGUGCCACAUCACCAAGACGAUCCAGGACACUCUGAACCCCAAGUGGAAUUCCAACUGCCAGUUCUUCAUCAGAGACCUGGAGCAGGAGGUCCUCUGCAUCACCGUGUUCGAGAGGGACCAGUUCUCACCAGAUGAUUUUUUGGGUCGGACGGAGAUCCGUGUGGCCGACAUCAAGAAGGACCAGGGCUCCAAGGGGCCAGUCACGAAGUGUCUCCUGCUGCACGAGGUCCCCACGGGAGAGAUUGUGGUCCGCUUGGACCUGCAGUUGUUUGAUGAGCCGUAG